AGUCAGUAGGUUCGCUGUCACCGCGGAGUGCGAACGUAGCCGCAUCCACUAGUUAGCUGUGAUCUUACGACGACUUCAAUUGAUUAUGCCACGAUCGCCCCGCAGUGCUAACUGAGCUGCGGUCGGGACCCGCUAAAAUUAUGACUUUUGGAUUAAUCGCCGAGGAAGAAGAAAGCAGUAGAUAUCUCGUUCAAGAGGAGAAAGCCCUGAGGAUAGUCUCCAGGUAUUGGGAAGUCUCCGGAGCAUCGGCUGCCGAGAGGCUUCGGCACGGAAACAAGCAGAGGCUCCUCGUAGCACCUUUUGGACUGCUAUAAAAUAUUAUAAACUUUUUUGAACUUGAACAAAUUAGUCGUUAGUGUAAAUUAAGUGCAAUAAGGUGAACUGUGUUGUGUUAACUUGCGGGGUCUCUGGAUACAUGAAAAUGGUACCCCAACAAAUUUCGGAUGUGCGCUCGCUGUCGCCAACCGGCUCCUCGAACGGCUUGCCGGUGUUCGGCUCUCAGCUUGUCGACAAGAACUCAUCUACGCCGUACACGGAUGCCACACAGACCAAAAAGAACAACCCUAAUCACAUCAAGAGGCCAAUGAACGCAUUCAUGGUCUGGUCGCAGAUCAAACGUAGGAAAAUAUGCGAGCAGACACCUGAUAUGCAUAACGCCGAGAUCUCCAAGAACUUAGGACGUGAGUGGAAGACGCUCAAUGAUGUGGAUCGCCAGCCCUUCAUCGAUGAGGCAGAGCGGCUGAGGCAGCUGCAUAUGCGCGAAUAUCCCGAUUACAAAUACAGACCGCGCAAAAAGACCGCCAAACCAGCGCAGAGGUCUGGCGGCGUCUCCAAGCAGAAGCGUAAGCAACGUGCUGACUCCAACAAUAAUAAGGGGGUCUCUAGGCGACGAUCACGACCUUCGGCUCCAAGUGUGCCCAGUGUGCCCAGCAUGCCCGUCGAAACGGCCGCGCCGCCGCUACUGCCUGCUUCGCCCGCAUGCUCGCCGGAUUCUCCAGAGUCCGCUUGCCUAUACGAAGACAAUAGCCGUCGUGACCAGGCUGAUCUCACCGAUCUGUAUUCUAUAACAGAUCUGCUCCCAUUCGGAGCCGACUGCGUGGAUCUGGACGCCCUGACGACGGAGGAUAUGGAGUCGUUUGAGACCGCCUCAUCUUCAUCGGGAUCGCACUUUGAAUUCUCGUGCACGCCAGACGUGUCUGACAUCUUCAGAGAGAUCGGCGUGGCUGGUGAUUGGGUGGACAACACGUUCCAGUUCUCGUCGUGUUAGAGAGGCGCGGUCGCCUCGGCGUAGCGCCGAUUCCACUGAUCUCACGCGGCCGGCUCGCGCCGCCGCACGGAGGCUGACGACGCGGCGACCGCUCGCCGUCCCGCGCCCGCCUAGAGAGUGCCUACAUCCAAAAUGACGUGUCGACAUUUGGAUUCAAUGUACAAAGUUAUUUAAUAAGGAAUCGAGGGUGAAAUUUAAUUUUUAUUGUCAAAAGGCCGCCUGCGGCCUAUUCCUUCUUCAGUUGUAUUGAGUUCUUCAUAUUUCGUUUUUGAUAGGUAUUAUGAUUUAUUAAUAUAAAAGAGGCGACGAAUGAAUGCCAUCGCUCGUCGGAAGUGCAUCGGGUUUUAAAACACAGGCUGUGAGUUGGUUCUCGUUUUAGAUCAUUUUGCUUUCGUUUACUUUAGACACAGUUGAGAUAACUCCAAAGGGCACGUCUCAGACGCAUCUCGGUACACAUCCGUCUAUUGUCCGUCGCCGUAUAGGUACCGCACGGCCGCCAUUCGCGGUCCAGUCAGGUCGCUCGCACCGCGUUGUCGCGUCCAUUUUCUAUACGUGUACAUUACUCGACUUGGCUUCUAGAGCAUUCUAAAACACUAAGUUUGCAAUUUCUACGUCACUCGUUUAUUUUAUUAACCUUUGUACUUUAAGGACGAUCGUCAUUUACAUUUUACGUUCAAGUAUCUGUCUUAGAUAGAUGAAAUAGGUAUGUAUCAUUCGAGUAAUAGAAAAAUAAGACUAGGGUAUAGACAUAUUUGUCUUGCGUUCUAUUUACUGUACGUAAGUUCACUUUAUACUUUGAUGCACACGUAGAUGAUAGUUCAACAAUUAUUAUUUUACUGUUGGAAGCUAAUCGGUAUGUCAUAGGAAGAAUUUCGGAGAGUAGGAAGUUCGUACAGCUCUGGAUGACGAACCGCCGCCAUUUGACAAGGAUACACUAUUUCGUGCCCUGUGGGGCAUUUUACCUGUUGCUAGAAGCUGUAUCCCACUGCGGUGGUGGUGGUGGGUCCCACGUCGUGGACGGUGGAGAAUUUCUGGUAAGAUUCGUGUCAAUCAAUGUCGAGCGGGUACGUCUUGCUAUAAAUAUACGUUAGAUUGGUUAAGGUAAAGCUAAUCUUGUUCAAUGGUAAGAUAUGAAAUUUAAAAUUGUAAAGUAACGAAGGCACUCAAGGAUCGAUGUGAAGGGACACUGUUAACUUUCUUAUUUCUUUCCUUAUCUUCGCUUGUUCUGAUUCAAACACAACGUCUAUAGAAAUAUACAUAUCAUCAAACGGAAUGUGUUGUUUCGCGGGACGAUGGGAAUUGUAAUUUUGUGGAUGGUCGAAACGGUUCGGUUACACUCAAAUGUUUUGCUAUUUCAAACUCUGUGAUUUACUUUAUGGAUUUUCUAAAUUAUAAGGUUCUAGUGGAGACUGAUAUCGCAUAGAUUAGUUUUAGCAGCGCUAGCUUCUCUAACAUUUUUACUUUAUAAAACUGAACGUUAAUACACGAUAUUGAAUAAAUUCAAACGAUACGUAUUUUUGAUAAUAUUGUCUAACUGUGGAUUACAUUGUGUGUCAGCUUGCGUGGAUUUCAAGCCCUUGACAAUUCGUCCAUUGGUUCCCAGCUGAACCUCCAAUUCCACAGUAACACCGACUAACAAUUUGUAUGUAAUGCUAAUUCUGUCAAUUCAGUGAAAAUCACGUCAGUUAUUCAGGGGUUUGCGUAAACAUUGCCUCUAGUGAAUAUAAUACAUAC